GACGCCUCUGGCGGAGAGCAGGCGGGCGCCGAGGCCCGGCCUUGCGAGCGGAGCGCACUAUAAAGUGGCGCGUGCUGUCCGCCGCGUCCGCCUUGUAGAGAGAAAUGCUGGGGUACAGCUUCAAGCUUAGGACCACCCACCAUGCCCAUCCAGGUGCUGAAGGGCUUGACCAUCACUUGCGACCCUCCAGGCUCUCUGCUGUUUACUGCCUAGGCGUGGCUGCAGCCAUGGCUAGGAAAGUGCUGCACCCACCCACCUGGGCCGGAGCUGGUUCUGCUCCUGCUACUGGGACACUGAGCUCCUGGCUAUCUCGGCGCUUUGGGCAAGAACCGCAACAAGCUCUCCUGGGCCCUGCAGGUGUACGGCCGGGCCCCUGCCUUGUGCCUCAUCUCUCGAGAACUGCUGCUGCUGGGCGACCUGAUCCAACCUGACAGGGUGCCAUCUUCAGCUACCACUGCAAGGUCCUGAGGGCAACAGCAGCGCGGCACUGCCCACCUGGCUGCUGGUGGCCUGGUGCCAGCUGGGAGUCCUCCCAGCACUUCGAGGCCACUGAGCCGCCCUUCCAGCCCUGGCCCACCAUGGAGAGGGGUAUCCAGCUUCCUCUUCAACCUCGUCUGCCCCUGAGCCAGUGACGCCCAAGUACAUGUCUGUUAUGUUACCCAGGGCCUGUACCAGCACCAGCUGGUCAAGGGCAUGACGUUGUUGUAGGCCGUCCUGGACAUCCAGGCCAUUGCUGACAGCAGGCUGCUUUCCAUGGUGCCAGAGGCUGCCAGGCUCACACCAGGACCCAACCCAGUGCACAAGGACCUGGCUGCUGAGCCUCACACCCAGGAGAAGGUGGAUAAGUGGGCUACCAAGGGCUUCCUGCAGGCUAGGGGAGGAGCCUCCUGUGCAGAGGAGCUGCCCAUAUGCCACCAUGAGACCUGGGCCUGGCUCCCGAGAACAGAUACCGCCUGGCCUGGUGCUCCAGGGGUGAAGCAGGCCAGAAUCCUUGGGGAGCUGCUCCUGGUUUGAGCUGCAGUCAGGAAGUGCGGGACAUGGUAGGGGAGGCAAAAAGCCUUGGGCACUACCCUCCCUGUGGAGCCAUUCGGCGUCCCUCGAGCUAGCCACACCCUGACACUGUGUUCAAGGGCUCCGGAAGAGAGGGGUGUCUGCCUCCAACCUCUCCCCCGUGGGUGUCACUGGCCAGAUGUCAUGAGGGGAGCAGGCUGCGUGAGUGGACACUUACAUGAGUCCCUGGGGGAAGUGAGCCCCUGGCAUUGCGUGCCAUAUUACAUUUCUGCCCGGGCAGUGGGGUAGGUGGGUACCAUGGGUGCCCACCCCUCCGCCACAUGGAGCCCCAAAGCACUGCAGGCCAAGCAGGGAGACCCCACACCCAUGACAUAAAACCAUCUUGAAGCUUUUACUUAGUGUUU